AUAGUCACAGUAUUUAGGUCCUCUCUUUUUUCUUGUAUAGCAUCUCCUUUGUCUACGAGUUAUUUGCAUUGUGUAUCGCCCUCGUUAUCGUCAAGUUCCCACGGCAACGCGCUGCGAGUCUCCCGCAGCGAGCCCCGCCGUUGCCCUCUUGCUCUCGACUCUUUAGUGGCAAUGGUUCUGAACAAGCACCAGAUCGAAGCGUCGCUCUAUGCAGAGAACAAAGACAUCCAAUCUGGCCGCUUAAAAGAAGAGAACCCCCUUGAUCUCUCCGACAGCUUUAGAGUCUUUUGUGAGGCAUGUCGACGUGGCGAUCUCCGCGUUUGCCAGGAGAAGAUAACGGAAGGUGUAAAUAUUAAUGCAAGAGACAAGUUCGACUAUACGCCUUUGAUAUUGGCCAGUCUUUGCGGGCAUUAUGAGGUAGUUCAGCUUCUCCUGGAGUCGGGUGCUCUCUGUGAACGCGACACCUUUCAGGGUGAACGUUGCCUGUACAAUGCCCUGAACGAUCGUAUUCGAAAUCUGCUUCUCCAAUACGAUUACUCCAAGUCGACAAACCCUCUGCAGCCAUUCGCUGGUCAUAUCACUUCUCUACUGAACAGAAAACAUCCAAAGACGUCAGAUAUAACUCUUUCGGCUGGCACAGAGCAAUUUGAGCUUCAUAAGCUCAUCCUCGCAGCACGAUCUCCGUAUUUUGCGAAGAAAUUUGCCGCUGCACCGGAUACGACGACAUGGAGACUUCCCAAUACAAUACCGUCUGAGGCACUCCACGCUGCAAUUAAGUUUAUUUACUUUGGAGAAGUUGGGGCCGAUUUCGAAGACGACCCAAAUGAGAAAGAGAUCUUGACGGGCAUUGAAAAAUUAAGUCGGCAUUUGGAAAUCGAACAGCUGUUUGAAAAUAUCCUUAUCAGCGACAACAGACGACUGGCACGACAGAGGCGGACAGAUGAAGUUGAAAGAGGCAGAGAUCAGAUGGAGGCGUGGUUUCGCAAUCACGUCCUGAAGCACAAGGUCCAUGUAGACUCAGAUAAAGCCGGUCAAGUCCGAUGGGAUCGGAGCAAUGGUAUCUUUGCGGACGUUCUGCUUCGAGCAGAUGAAGACGAGAAUGAGGACCACAACAAUGACAACGCACAAGAAUCAAAUGGUUCCGGACGGCCUUACGAUCCGACAGAAACGUCGAAUGGCAUACCAAUUGGCAGCUUUUCCAGUACAUCAAGAUCGCCAUCGAGGACAAGGAAACCACGCAAGUGUGUAUUAUUUCCUGCGCACCGCGCGAUGCUCAUUCGGUCUGAAUUUUUCAACACCAUGUUUUCCUCGUCCUUUAAGGAAGCACAAGAGACGCCAUAUCUACAGAUAAUUCCAGUAGACUGCUCCCCCGAUAUUCUAGAGAUAGUCUUAACAUUUCUGUAUUGCGAAAAGGCCGAUUUCCCUCUCGAGCAAGCUAUUCCCGUGCUCUUCGCUGCUGAUCUUCUUUUCAUCGACAAGCUCAAGGGAAAGGCAGCACAAAUCAUCAGCACUCUGGGCAACGGCGUGGCUUCUGUUGUGGAAAGCGAAAAUCCUAGAGGCGAGACAAGCCUUGAUGAUGUUAUCGACAUAUAUGAUGUAAUCAGGGCCGGAUGGGACACCCGAGUACAAAGACUAGAGGAAUUCGGGGCUCGAUAUAUUGCCUACAGGCUGGAACGUUACAUCGAUGAAGACGAGUUCGUGGAGCUCAUUAAGGAAAGUGCUGGCAGAGUCAAGGAGAGGCAAGAAACAGAUACAAUUGAGUUAAUUGACGACAUCCGAUAUUAUCUCUCUGAACGAUUUCGCCUCCGCUUUGAAGAUGCUCGCCUAGACGAGAUGCUUGAUGGGGAUGAGUCAACAAUUCAUCUGCCAGGGAGAGAGGUCAUGGAUGCAGAUGCACAUCUCGAGAAGCCAGCUGGAGAUAGCAGUGUUGAGGGCGUUAUACGUACGCUCGAUGGCGAAGAGAUUGACGAUGAAUUUGCUCAGGACGCAAUGAAUUACCGCAUUCUGCUAAACAAGAUAGAUUUACUGCUGGAAAAGCUCAAGUUGGACGCAUAGAGUAACUUAUCGGGCACAUAAUCAAGCAAACAGCCGAAGCCUUGUGCAAUCCUGCUCAUAUUCAAGUCCCUUCGCCUUCGUGUUGUUUUCGAGCAAAAUGAACUGAGUCAUGCGCUUGAUCGGGUAGGG